ACAGAAAGGUCAGAAAGCCGAGCCUCGUCCGACGGAAGAGACAGACUUGUGUGUCCUGUCCGCUCGCCGAACCCGCUCUCGAGCCGCAGCAGCCGCCGCCGUCAGUCCCAGUUGAAUUAAUGCAUAGAAAACUUCGCGAUGAGCUUUUCAAACACCGUUACCCCGGAUGGCGCCGUGUCCCUGGCCGAAAUCAACCCCACCAUAGAGCCCAUAGUGAAUGAGAACGACUACCACCUGUCCUCGCAGGAGUCGGACCACGGCGAGGGGGAGGUGAUCGUGGUGCCCAACCCCGUCAACCACGCCACAGGGGAGAUGCCCAGUCUGGAGGAGUUCCCAGGCGUUUACGACUUCAGCCUCUUGAUGGGCGCCUGCACCGUGCCCGAGUACAAGAACAUCAAAAAGUCUUGGGAGUACUCGCUGCCGAUGAACAAACUGUUCGUCAAAGUGGGGAGUGCGGUGCCCGUGUCGUUCCGCAUCAACAACCAGCUGGACUGGAGCGAGUUGAAGGUGAGGGGCCUGUUGGUGUACGACAACCCGGACGACUCGCGCAAACCUGUCGAGAGGUGCGUCGCCCACAGGGACCCCAACCACAAGAGCAACCAGGGCUACCCUGACGUGAACCACGUCCUGUGCUGCCAGCACAGCAACGCCACCUACGCCUGUGACAAGACGAGCGGCCGCUACAGUGUCCUGGUGCCCCUGGGCGAGCCGCAGGCCGGGGCCACUUACAUGACCAUCUUGUACGCCCUCAUGUGCAAGAGCAGCUGCGAGGGGGGCGUGGCCAGGCGCAACACCUCCAUCAUCUUCACCCUCGAGAAGAACAAUACGGUUGUGGGCCGGCAUGUGGUGCACGUUCGGAUCUGCAGCUGUCCGAAGAGGGACAUGAACCAGGAGCUGGAGGUGCUCAACUCGGAGAGGAACAACCCCAUCAGCAGGGGCAAGAAGAGGAAGAUGCCCUCGUUGGCCACGGGGCCCAUUCGCAUCAAGAGCGAGGGGUGCGCCUUCAACCCCGCUGGCCAGUUGUUCAACAACGACGUCGUCCUGCAGCCGCGCUUCGAACCGCUCAACUACAUGGAGGUGCGCAGCCCCGCCCACUUCAAAAUCCUGCUGGAGAAGGCAUACGAACUGUUCAAGUACAGGGUGACCCACCAGGCUGCCAUAUACGAAAACCUUCUCAAAAGUGUGUAGUAAGCUCUGCACGACCUGAUCUUGAUUACCUCUCUACGCCCUGAAACCAGGGUCUUCUGACUGCCUUCUUUUUACAUACUUUCCCACACAACCGAAAGUAUUGCUCUAAGUUUACAUUAAAUUUUUCUUAUAUUUUAUAUGAAAAUCUUACAAAGUAAGAGAGAUUAUGAUUAGAAUCUGUCGCAGCUCUGCAGACAGAUUAUUUUUUUUGAAAAUGAAGCUUUAAUUUGAAUUUUCUCUACAAAUUCAGAGAGACAUGGAUUUUCUUUUGUUCAACCAGAUGUUUGUUACAAUUGCACGACAAUAAGUGAUAUAUUGGGAAAAAUUGUGCCUUCAAAUUUAAAAUUAAUCAAAAAGUGUACAAAAACUUAACGAUCUUAGGUUACAAAUGUAUUUGCGUUGCUCAUUCCUCUUAAGUAAGCUACCUAUUCCUCUUAAGUAAGCUACCUUACCUGCCCAAUGUACAUUGCAACUUGACAAAUCCCUAGAAUGUAACUUACAAUGCAGAAUUGCAGAUUAACCAGAGAGGAAUACAUAAAAUUUGGUAGGUUUUUCUGCCUGCUGUUUGUUUUUUGAGGUUGACUAAAUAAUGAAGUUGAUUAAGCUGUUCCUAAAGUUAAGACUAGUCUGUAAUACAGCUUGAGGAGAAAUAAAGAUCUUCAAAGAAAUGGAAUUAGA